CGAUCUUCGUCUUCCAUGUAACCUUAUUUUAUUUGCUUUUGCUACUGUCAAACAUGCCUCUGUUCAAAGAUGACCAAGGCCCAAACCCUUUUCUUUUGAGAAAAGACCAAAACCCUCGAAGCCAGAUGGCAAUGCCGUCAGAUAGUGCUGCUGCUGCUGCUACCGUCCCUAGUGCCGGGGUUGUGUCUAAAGCUUUUGUAGAACGCUAUUAUCGCAUGCUUCACCAGUGUCCUGAGCUAGUUUUCUCAUUAUACAGAGAUGAAAGCAUCGUAACUCGCCCUGGUUCUGACGGCACUAUGUCUUCGGUGACCACUAUAAAUACAAUCAGCAAGAAGAUUAUAUCUUUUUUUGAUUACAAGAACUGCAAGAUAGAGAUCAAAUCAGCAGAUGCUCAAAGGUCUUUGCAGCGGAGCGUUAUUGUUGUAGUGACGGGAUGUUUAACUGGAGCAGACAAUGUGCGGCGGGAAUUCAUGCAGACAUUUUUCCUAGCUCCACAAACGAAAGGAUACUUUGUCUUAAACGAUGUUUUUAGGUACAUCAAGGAGCGCGAACCUGCUGAGGUUACUUCUGUAUUGGGAAAAGGUGCUGCUGAAAACGUUCCUGUGACCGUGCCUUCAACGUCAGAUACAGGUUGAAUUAACAUUUCUUGUCCCAAAUUUGUAUUGUGCUGAAGCAAUGCAACUUGCUGGCUUAUUUAGUUCUCGACUGUGGGUGUUUAUUUUCAGAACCUGGUCUUGCUCCUGAUCAUUUC